GCUGGCGCCCCCGCCCUCCCCAGGCUGUUUCCUGCUCCUCCCGCCCCUCCCCGCUCCAGCUGUUUCUCAGGCUGAGUUCUGUCCCUGUCCCCACACAGAACACAGGACAGAGGGAGGCUCUUAGGAUGUUGUGCUCCGCGGGGCUCAGACGAAAUCUUCUGUGAAUGGAAGAAAUGCUUCCAAGCAAACAGCCACUACCAGAACAACUGAGAAAGAGGCCAGAGCGCGAGUUCUCAAACCCUGAAGUCGCAGGAGCCGGAGGGGGAUAUUGGAGAGAAGGGCCGCUCACCCUCCCUGGACCUCAGUUUCCAGCCCAGGACACCCUCUCAGUUCCCCAAGGCCCCUCUGAGAGAACUGCAGAAGUGGCUGAGCCAUCACCCAGCUGGGCUGUCAGCUGGAGGGUUUUGAGAAGAGGACAGGAGCCAGAUCAAACAAGCAGGCCAUUUGGAGGUAUUUCCAGUCACGCGCAGUAACAGACCAGCCAAGGACCAGGACUGGAGUUCUGUUCUACAACGGUGAACAGUGAAAGGUCUCCAAAGAGAUGGAGUACGACGCUUACAACGACUCCGGCAUCUAUGAUGAUGAGUACUCUGAUGGCUUUGGCUACUUUGUGGACUUGGAGGAGGCGAGUCCGUGGGAGGCCAAGGUGGCCCCGGUCUUCCUGGUGGUGAUCUACAGCUUGGUGUGCUUCCUCGGUCUCCUAGGCAACGGCCUGGUGAUUGUCAUCGCCACCUUCAAGAUGAAGAAGACCGUGAACACUGUGUGGUUUGUCAACCUGGCUGUGGCCGACUUCCUGUUCAACAUCUUUUUGCCGAUGCACAUCACCUACGCGGCCAUGGACUACCACUGGGUGUUCGGGAAGGCCAUGUGCAAGAUCAGCAACUUCUUGCUCAGCCACAACAUGUACACCAGCGUCUUCCUGCUGACUGUCAUCAGCUUUGACCGCUGCAUCUCCGUGCUGCUCCCCGUCUGGUCCCAGAACCACCGCAGCAUCCGCCUGGCCUACAUGACCUGCUCGGCCGUCUGGGUCCUGGCUUUCUUCUUGAGCUCCCCGUCCCUUGUCUUCCGGGACACCGCCAACAUUCAUGGGAAGAUAACCUGCUUCAACAACUUCAGCUUGGCCGCGCCUGAGUCCUCCCCACAUCCCGCCCACUCGCAAGUAGUUUCCACAGGGUACAGCAGACACGUGGCGGUCACUGUCACCCGCUUCCUUUGCGGCUUCCUGAUCCCCGUCUUCAUCAUCACGGCCUGCUACCUUACCAUCGUCUUCAAGCUGCAGCGCAACCGCCUGGCCAAGAACAAGAAGCCCUUCAAGAUCAUUAUCACCAUCAUCAUCACCUUCUUCCUCUGCUGGUGCCCCUACCACACCCUCUACCUGCUGGAGCUCCACCACACAGCUGUGCCAAGCUCUGUCUUCAGCCUGGGGCUACCCCUGGCCACGGCCGUCGCCAUCGCCAACAGCUGCAUGAACCCCAUUCUGUACGUCUUCAUGGGCCACGACUUCAGAAAAUUCAAGGUGGCCCUCUUCUCCCGCCUGGCCAACGCCCUGAGUGAGGACACAGGCCCCUCCUCCUACCCCAGUCACAGGAGCUUCACCAAGAUGUCGUCUUUGAAUGAGAAGGCUUCGGUGAAUGAGAAGGAGACCAGUACCCUCUGAACCUCACCUGGGAAUGUCCCCCAAAGGUGCCACGGCCCAGGGACGCCUAGGGACUUGUCUCCGGAAGUGGGAGACAUGCCGGGAGCCUUUGGGAAUGCUCCAAUGCCCACUGAAUUUUGCACAAGGCGGCUCAUGUUUUAAGUGGGGUUCCCAAGUGUGGACACUCUUCCAGUAAAAUGGCAGGCAAGCAACCCGAGCCUCUACAACAGGAGCAGGGGACCGACUGUGACUGACUCAGAAAAGGGAGCAUCUCUGAAGCCAAGACUUGAGCUGUGACCAACAUACAGGCCAACAUACACGAUGUCGCCGUGCAUGCCCUGAACAUGCUGCGCAGUCUUCGUGGGUGAGGAAGUUACCGCAAACCCAUUGCAGACCUGUUAUGGCAACAUGACAGUCAAACCAACAAAGCCCACUACACCCCAACAUCCUCCAAGACCUUGACUUUGGAUUUCAGAAGAACGGGGGGUGGGGGGAACGAGGACCUGAGGGGCUUCAUGGAACUUUGCAAGGGCAACACAGGGUUCUGUGUGUGUGUGUGUGUGUGUGUGUGUGUGUGUGUGUGUGUGUGUGUGGUAAAGAGGAGGAGACGGAGAGCAGAGAAUCCCAAAGGAUGUGGGUACAGGAUAUCUUACACCAUCAUGCCACGGAGGAGACAGAGAGCUAUAGUGGUGGUUGCUUGGGGGUUCAGGUGGUGGCAGCUCUUUGCUUCAGUGUGUAUACUCACUUAGCACUGAACCCUGAGGCUGGGUGGAGGCCUUUUCACAGAAGACUCCAUCUGAUCCCAUCCCAUCCCCUCCCCUCCCCUCCCCUCCCCUCCCCUCCCCUCCCCUCCCCUCCCCUCCCCUCCCCUCCCAGGGUCUCUUCUCCCCUAAUCCCCUCAAUGCUGGCUGGAAAAAGGGCUUAGAAUGUCCCAGAGACUGGUCUAGAACGGAGUUUUGGGACUCCAUCUUCAGAGUGUCUUCCCAAGGCUGUCUGGCUGGUCAUCUGGGCAGCUGACCAGCUUUCCCGAGUCCUCCUUGAAUGUAUCAACAGCCCCGUGGGCAGCCCAGGAUCAGGCUUUCCUCCCCUGGCAGGAAAAUGGCUCACUCACCCCCCCCCCACACACACACACUGUUCAUCAGUAGCAAAAGACCCGAGCCCUGCUCCGUCUGGCUUGACAUCAUUCCUCAUGGAGGAGGGGUGGUGUGCACUUCGUUAGCAUGUCCCAUGCAUGUUAAGUAUUUCACAUGCACCUUCUCAUUUAUUCUUCACAGAAACCUCAUAUGUAUGAGGACAAGCAGAGACUCAGAGAGGUUAAGCAACUGGCCCGAGGGGACCCAGUUAGAUGUUGGUAGAGACUGGAUUCGAAUCGCAGUGGGCUUGGCUCGAAGGAAGAUGAAGAGUCUGGGGAAACUAAUAGGUUGGGGUUUUAGCCAUAAAUGCUGUUUUGUUCUGUUUUUUCCAUGUAAACAUCUUAAUGGUCUUUUUGA